AUGCACGCUCACUCACACUCGCUCUGCCUGUCUGACACAGACUCUACUUAAAGCGCUGGAGAGGACUGAGGCUCACACUAUCAGCACAGCUUCUCAAUGGGGGGAUGCAGCCAAGAGCAGACAGAGCGGUCAUUCCACUGGAGCCUUCCGCCGCAUGCGUGAGGAGGGGACGACAAGUGAGGAGGGUAAAUUAGCCCCCUGUCAUCACAACAUAGGAGUUUUUUUUCUGACAGAGAAGAGACACUGGAGAAGGAGGAGAGUGGAUCUGCACGAAUGUGGCUGACACAGCAGUGACAUGAUCAGCCUCCCAUCACUCAAAUCUUGGCCGGUUUGUGACACACACCCCAGGGUGUUUUGCUUUUGGUGACUGGUUGUGUUGCCAAGGAUUUUAAAAGCAGCUGAGCAGCAGUGAGGUCCAGAGGAGGGGGGAUAUUGGGAAGAAAACAACAACAACAACAACUUAACAAACAGCAAAAGAAAGAGAACAGUAUCUUUUUGUCCAGUCUUUGGCUUUACCUGUGGUGGAAUUUCCAGCCUGAACACAGAAAAUGGAUGGACUCAAUUUAGAGGAGUGAGUCUGCUGGGCAGCCAAACAUUCUGACUGAACUCUUUCCCUUCUGAUCACACUGCUCAGACUCGGCCUUACCAUGUCCUGGUUGUUGGCCGCGUGGAUUAGCCUCGGUUUCCUGCUGUUGUGCCAGGCCACACUCUACCAGACCAUCCAGCAGCACCAUGUGGCCCGACCCGGACGAACUGACAUUCUCACCUUGGAGGGAGGUACGUGUGAGGUGAUCGCAGCUCACCGGUGCUGUAACAAGAACCGCAUUGAGGAGCGCUCACAGACGGUCAAGUGCUCCUGUUUACCCGGGAAAGUGGCAGGGACGACACGCAACAAACCCUCCUGCGUGGAUGCAUCCAUUGUAAUUGGGAAGUGGUGGUGUGAGAUGGAACCUUGUCUGGAGGGAGAGGAGUGCAAGACGCUGCCCGACAACUCCGGAUGGAUGUGCUCCUCUGGGAACAAGAUCAAAACCACGAGGAACACCCAGCCAUACUCUUCUUUUUAGCUUCCGGAAGCAAAAUGCAGAGGAUGCACCAACAGAAAUUGAGCUGCAUUCUUGCUUCUGUAAAGAUUCAUCCCAGGACCUAACAGAGUGCUCCCAUCGCAGGUCUGAGUGCCACGCUCCCCCCUCCUUUAUGCACCUUUCUCUUCUCAUCACACGGACUAAAAUUAUUACUUCAACGUCUACUGACUGGCUUACCUGAGACAACAGAAAGGAUUUCCACCAAGAUAAAACAGCUUUGCUCGCAUGGUGCCAAGGAUUUGAAACGGCACUAAUCCCCUGUUUGAUCAAUGAGCCCCAUGUUGGUGACUCUUCUCUUCUGCGCAGCCGUGGCCUGUUUCUGCCCCAGUCUCCUCUUCCCUUACUCUGUCUUGUCAUCGAAAGACUAAAAUGGCUUAACAGGGGUAAUUUGGAGCUUUUAAACGUUUGAAGGAGAUUUCCCUGUCUGAAGGUUAACCAAUCGAGGAGCUUAUUCAGAAUUGGACAUGGGAUCGACAGAACUGAGGACCCUCAGAUCCUGCUUCUUCUGAGUGGAAUGGGACUCUCCUCUGGAGAUGGAUUUCAUUGCUGUGAUCACUAGGAGAAUAUUUAGCUGAAGUAACACUGGACUGUCAAUAACGGAACACUUGCAGCUUCUAAUGAGAUACUGAAAAGGCUUUCAGGUUUUAGUCUGAAUUUUAUUGGUGGGCAUGCCCAAUGUAAAUUCGAGCACCGCUUUUCUUUUUAUGUAAGAUAAUUUAUGUAUAUAUACACAUAUAUAAAAAUGUUAAAUACACUGUAAGAAGAUGAAUUCAAGAGCCUAAAAAUAUAUUUAUCAUUCCAUUAGGCAUUCAAGUCCUGUGGUGGAAUAUCGAUUGAUUAGCCCCCUGGAAUUAAUUCAGAGGCUGGUGAGUGGAAAACUGUAUUGAAGAGUUUGCUUGCAUCGAAAAAGAAAAAAAAAUCACAAUUGAAUUUUAGGCCAAGUCCUUGUUAAUGCUGCCAUUCAGUGCCGCUGCUGAGAGAACCAAAUGUUUGCAGUUUCUGUAAAGAUGAGGAAAAUGAUGCACAGAACUGCUACACAUUUGUUAAUUGACCUGGAGUCAAUCUUUGACCUUUUCCACCCAGGUACACAACAGUUUUCUCAGGCAGAGAUCAGGGGCAUGUGUCAGUCAAGCUGAUCUUUAUUUCAUUCAAUGGACAAAGCUUGAUUUGAAAUGACAGUGAGGAAAGUAUUAGUCUCAAUUAAAAAAUAAAACAUUGUCCACCAGUAAGAUCAAGAGCAUUACAGGACAAGCCUUAUGAGAAAUAAAAUUGUUUUUCUAUACUGA